UUCACACUGAGCUAGCCGUAAGCUCCGCUCCUCUUAAAGGUCAUUGCCCUUCCCCUCCAAAACCGUCCGUCCGUCCCCCCGGGGCCCCAGGCGAAGGACACGGUGGCUGCCGGGGCUCCAGCCUGAGGCCACGCAGCCCGGACAGGGCACGGGGAACUGCUGGAAUCAGCGGCCGUGACAAAUGACAGCGUGAGGAGCAACAAAACUCGGAACUGGCGCACGAGGCAUGGCUGAGGUGGCUGAGGAGGGGAAAUGAGAAAUAACCGAACCUAAAGAUAAGCGUGAGGAGCUCUGGGGACCUCCUGUGGAACAGACUUGCAACACCAACAUUGCCCAGGCAGACGGUGCGGGCUGGGUGCUUUCCCCGGCUGGCAGGGCCACACGGACAGGGCUGAUGGAGCCAACGGGUGUCAUCGUGUCGGUGCUCUGGACCCCACGACAUCUACACCCACCCGCCGCUUCCUAACGCUUUCCGCGCAGCUGUCCUGCCCAGCAUCCGUCUCCCUCUGGUUUUGCUGGUGCGGGGGAGUCGGACGGGGCCAGCCGCGCUCGGCAGGGCAGGAGAGCUUCCCCGCUGCUCUGGGGCAGAGCUCAGCCCUUCCCAGGUCCCCACGUGCUCCUCUGAUCCCAGAAAUGUCUCCGCCUUAAACUGAAAUUGCCUUUGCAGAAAGCUUGUGGGACGUGGAUGAUCCCGGUCCGCACCUGCCUCGGUGGAGGAAAAAGCUGCCGGCAGUGGGACGAGUGUUGGGGAGCCUGCCCGAGCCCCUGGCCACCGCGGGAAACAGGCUGGAGGCUGAGCUCAACCUCUGCUCCGGGAGCUGGGACGCUCCCCGGGGGCAGGAUGGAAGAUGAGCGAUGUGUAAGAAAGGGAUGGGGAUGGAUCUCUUGGCCUCGGGGCAUGGAAAUGAUCCGGGACAUCCCCUGUAAUUUUUAUUGCUGCAAGAACUGAAAUAGGAAACCUCCCCUAGAAGCGGAGUCAGGUGGGUUAUUCUCCCUGGCGUGGGCUUUUCUCGCAAGGGGGCCGUUUCUGGGGUGCAUGAGCAGCUCUGCCCGUGUGCCCCCUGGGGCUGCCGCACGUCCCCUUGGGCAUCCCCGGCACAGCGGCCAUCGCAGCGCCGGGAGCCGCUGCUGCCACCAGCCAGCUCUGCCUUCCCACCACGCCGCCCGCCGCGACAGGGAGCGGCCGGCACCGGAGAGAGCCGGGAGAGAGUGGGAGGGAGCCGGGAGAGAGCCGGGAGCUGCCACCCGGGAAGGGUCCGCGUGAGAGGAGGCAGCACAGAAGGAGAGGAGCAGUUGGCAGGAAAACGGUGAGGCUGGAGCCAGUCCAGGCUGGGACCAUCCACAGCACUGCCCUCACCAUCGUCAGAAACCCAGUCCUUCCUCACACGAUGCUGAUGUGCCAUCCCGCGGAGCUGCUGGGGACCAACUGGAUGCUCCUGGCAGGGCUGGAGCUGUGACCUACAACAGCGGCUCCUCUUCAAGUCCUCAAGCGCCCGUUACGAGCCCAAGUCAUGGCAAGGCCAGAAAUUGCCCUGUGUUUGGGGGAGACAUCUGCGUCCCGCUCUGCUGGGAGGGUGUCGACACCUUCAGCCCCAAGCAAGACCAGGAAUUGGGAAUGAGCCAUGGAAAUUAGGUCAGGAUUAGAAAGUCCCUUCUGGGCGCAGGCUGGGAGGCAAUGCCACCACAAAGCUCAAGCAGAAAAGGCUCGCAGCCCUGCAGCCAGGUAUCUCCAAGGAGCCCGGGCUCUAUUUAGGCACCCGUAUCAGCUCUGGCCGGGAUGUCCCCCUGCCCGGCAGCACGACGGGCGAUGGCGAUGGCUUUGUGAGAGGCUGUGACCGAGCAGUCCAGGUGCCCCAUGUGUGUCCUUGGCACAGGGGGUACCAAAGCCUCUCCCAAGCCAUGCCCACUUGCUCCGUCUCCCCAGACCACCUUCCCUUCCCCUGCCACCCAGGGCUGCUGCUGCCUUUGCAAGAGGCUGCCGAGGCGAUGGGACCCCUCGAGAGAAAAACCGCCGCUGUGGGAUCCUCGGUGCUGCUUCCCGGGCCGGAUAACGUCACACACAUCUACUCCACGCGGUGGGAGCGCCUCAACGGCACCAGCUCCCGCACCAUCCUGCAGUACUACAGCGGGUCCCACAGCCCAACCAUCCACCCGCCCUACGCAGGACGAGCCAUUUUCCACCCAUCCAAUGGAUCUCUCUUGCUGGAGGACGUCCACGAAAGUGACAGUGGCAUCUACAAAGUGACUGUCAACGUGGGAGAGAGGGAGAACCUGCAAAUCUUGCUGGAAGUCCUCAAGCCCGUGUCUCGCCCUCGGCUGUGGACCAGUGUCCUCGUGGCCCGGGCCACCGGCAAGGUGCUCUGCGAUGUGGCGGAGGGCAGGGUGGACACCGUCGCCUGGAAGAAAGAUGGGCAGCCCCUUCCCCCAGACAGAGGUUUCCGCCUCUCCGAGAGCCUCAGCGUUUUGUACCUGAGAUCGGUGAAGAAGUCGGACUGCGGCUGCUACUCCUGCAACGCCAGCAAUGGGAUAAGCUGGCAAGAAACCUCCCUGAACAUCACCAUUGCAGGUCUCUCCCCUCCCUUGCAGGAUGCGCUGAGGCUUGCGGUGGUUGCUCUGGUCUUUGCUGCCAUCUCGGGAUGGGGAUUAAUUUUUCCCGUCUGCCAGUCUGAAAAGCUAAGAAUAAGUGAGUCUGCAGCUGGGGGGCAGCUGAACCCCAUUUCCCUUCUCUGGUGGGGGAGAGCGAGGAGCGUUGCUGUGGGAAGAGCUGGGGGGGAGCUGUGGAGGUGGCUCAGCGCCUACACCUGCGGGCUGGUGUGCAUCGCCUCCGUCCUGGCAGGCACCGCCGGGAUCCUCUGGAUGCGAGAGGAAGGCCCUUCUAUUGCGAUCAUAUUGCCAGAGAUUGCCCUUACGUACGUGGUCGUGGUGAACCUCCUCGUCUCCGCCACUGUCACCUUCCAGCCUACAAAGUUCACCCAACUCAAAAGCAAAACAGCACAGCGCACCUUGGGCUACGCUGCUCCCGGAGGGGUGGUUUCGGUGGUGCUGACGACCAGCGUCCUCAUAAAGAACAUCCACCAUCGCCACGAAGAAGGAUGCACGGAGUUCGUGGAUGUGACCACCCUGACGGUCAGCACGGCGGCCGUGUCGGCCCUCCCGCUCCUCGCCAUCUUCCUCUGCUAUCACACGACUCAGGGGUGGCUGAAGGAACGUGACGCCGGCUGCGUGGACAAGGAGAGGGCCUUUGAGAUGUCUCGGUGCAGCAGCAAGGAUGCUUCCUCCACCCAGUAGAGGUCGGUCAGGGCAUUUCUCACUCGGCUGAGUCAACCCAACCCAUCGCAACCUCAUGGGCUCAGCCAGCUUCUUUUUUUCCCCUGGCCAAAACCAUCCGGAGGUGCAGAGGAAGGAGUAUCACAGCCAUUUGUAGGGUCUCCACGUGUCCUUGGGUGAUGCAAGCGAGGGCACAGAGAGACGCCACCACAGCCCUGGCCUCUGCCUGGGGACAGGCAGGUCCGUACGGGCACAGCGGAGCCCCUGGCAGCAGCGAUGCUCAGCAUGUCCCACCUGCCUCGUCCUCCCGGGUGUGUCGGGAGGACAUCUCCCUCGAGAUGUCUCGGCGCAGCAGCAAGGAUGCUUCCUCCACCCGGUGGAGGUCGGUGGGGGCAUUUCUCACUCGGCUGAGUCAACCCAACCUUCCUCCCAGGUUUGGUGGGUUCGGGGCUCUCGGUUUCAGGGGGGUUGA